AUGAUGAACAUCGAGGAAAUUUUGCCGGAAUUGUUCGGCGAAAAACGUGUAUAUUAUUGUCAACGUUGUUUGAAUCAUGGGAUGAGGGAGAAGCGCAAAAAUCACAAGUUGAAUUGUGUUUUUCGGUUUUGUCAGUGCUCGGAUUGUAUUGUGAGUUUUGGCGCGAAAAUUUGAAAAUUUUGAAUUUCGCGCGAAAAUUCCGCUCAAAAUGAGCCUAAGAUGAGCAAUUUUGAGGAUUUUUGAAUUUUUUGAAAAUUAUUUUUUCAGCGCGAAAAAAUUUGAAUUUUCAAAUUUCCCGCCGAAUCUUUUUGAAAAUCAAUUUUUCAGCGCGAAAAAACUAUUUUUGAAAUUUUUUUUUAGAAAAAUUUGAAUUUUCAAAUUUCCCGCUAAAAAUUUAAAAAAAAAUGAGCGCGCGAAAUUUAAAAAUUUAAAUUUUUUUAUCUAGAAAAUUUAAAUUUUCCAAAUUUCCCGCCGAAUCUUUUUUGAAAAUCAAUUUUUCAGCGCGAAAAAACUAUUUUUGAAAUUUUUUUUUAGAAAAAUUUGAAUUUUCAAAUUUCCCGCCUAAAUUUUUGAAAUCCGAUUUUUCAGCGCGAAAAAAUAAGAUUUGAAUCUUUUCUAGAAAAAUUUGAAUUUUCAAAUUUCCCGCCUAAAUUUUUGAAAAUUCAUUUUUAGAGCGAAAAAUACUAUUUUUCAGAAUUUUCUUUAAAAAAUUUGAAUUUUCAAAUUUCCCGCCUAAAUUUUUGAAAAUUCAUUUUUAGAGCGAAAAAUACUAUUUUUCAGAAUUUUCUUUAAAAAAUUUGAAUUUUCAAAUUUCCCGCCUAAAUUUUUGAAAAUUCAUUUUUAGAGCGAAAAAUACUAUUUUUCAGAAUUUUCUUUAAAAAAUUUGAAUUUUCAAAUUUCCCGCCUAAAUUUUUGAAAAUUCAUUUUUAGAGCGAAAAAUACUAUUUUUCAGAAUUUUCUUUAAAAAAUUUGAAUUUUCAAAUUUCCCGCCUAAAUUUUUGAAAAUUCAUUUUUAGAGCGAAAAAUACUAUUUUUCAGAAUUUUCUUUAAAAAAUUUGAAUUUUCAAAUUUCCCGCCUAAAUUUUUGAAAAUUCAUUUUUAGAGCGAAAAAUACUAUUUUUCAGAAUUUUCUUUAAAAAAUUUGAAUUUUCAAAUUUCCCGCCUAAAUUUUUGAAAAUUCAUUUUUAGAGCGAAAAAUACUAUUUUUCAGAAUUUUCUUUAAAAAAAUUUGAAUUUUCAAAUUUCCCGCCUAAAUUUUUGAAAAUUCAUUUUUAGAGCGAAAAAUACUAUUUUUCAGAAUUUUCUUUAAAAAAUUUGAAUUUUCAAAUUUCCCGCCUAAAUUUUUGAAAAUUCAUUUUUAGAGCGAAAAAUACUAUUUUUCAGAAUUUUCUUUAAAAAAUUUGAAUUUUCAAAUUUCCCGCCUAAAUUUUUGAAAAUUCAUUUUUUAGAGCGAAAAAUACUAUUUUUCAGAAAUUUCUUUAAAAAAUUUGAAUUUUCAAAUUUCCCGCCUAAAUUUUUGAAAAUUCAUUUUUAGAGCGAAAAAUACUAUUUUUCAGAAUUUUCUUUAAAAAAUUUGAAUUUUCAAAUUUCCCGCCUAAAUUUUUAAAAAUCUAUUUUUCAGCGCGAAAAAACAAUAUUUGAAAUUAUUCACUUUUUUUCUAGAAAAAUUUGAAUUUUCAAAUUUCCCGCCUAAAUUUUUGAAAAUAAAUUUUUCAACGCGAAAAAAUGAUAUUUGAAAUUUUUCUAGAACAAUUUGAAUUUUCAAAUUUCCCGCCAAAAUUUUGAAAAUCGAUUUCUCAGCGCGAAAAAAUGAUAUUUGAAUUUUCUAGAAAAAUUUGAAUUUUCAAAUUUCCCGCCAAAGAAAAAGCGCGCGAAAUUUAAAAAUUCAAAUUUUCAGAUGGUAGAACGUCGUCGUCAAUUAAAUUCCCGCUUAAUGCAAAUCGACUCAAAUUCCACGUCAUCAUCAAAUUUUGGCGCCAAAAAAUUAUCGAUUUGUUCGUCGGAAGAGGAUCAUAUGGAGUGCACCAGUCAGUCAGAGACAACUAAUGAGAGUGGUGGAGAGGAGAGAGACGCAGACAGCAUGACAGGGAAACCGAAAGGUUAGUGAUAUGGAGGAGAUAUGGGAGAGGGGGUAGAGAAGCUAGAGAAGAUGAGAGAUAGUAGGGAGAGAGGAGAGAGUGCAGACAGCUAGAGUCGCUAGACAUCAUAGGAAUGGAAGAGAGUGCAGACGGGUAGAGAAGGUUAGAGAUAGAGAAGCCGGAGAGAGAGCCCAGAGAAACUAGAGAAGGUUAGAGAUACGAGAGCCCAGAGAUUCUGAAGAGAGUGCAGACAGUUAGAGACUGCGAAAUCUGAAUUAUUGAUUUUUUUUCUGAUGAAAUUUGUGUUAGAGAUAGUUGUAAAGUUAGAGACGCAGAGAAUCUUCUAGAAAUUUCGAGAUAGAGAGAGAGUGCAGACAGCUAGAGUUCAUCACUAUGUGGUUAGAGACGCAGACACAUUUUCUACAGUAUAUGAGAUAGUAUUAAGCUAUGAGAGAGGGCAGAGAAGCCAGGGAAGUUAGAGACGCAGAGAAGCUAUAACCUCCACAAAUUUAGAGAGAGAGAGAGAGAGUGCAGACAUUUAGAGUGCAUCACUAUGAAGUUAGAGACGCAGACACAUUUCCUACAGUACUAGACCAGUAUUGAGCUAUGAGAGAGUCCAGACAGCUAGAGAGACCGAUUUUUGUGGAAAAUUAGCAAAUGCGCUCUUAUGAAAUUUUGGCGGGGGAUUUUGAAAAUUCAAAUUUUCAAAUAGCAUUUUCUGCGCGCGAAAUUUGAAAAUUCAAAUUUUUCCGGACCUUAAAAAUCUCAAAAUUUCCAAAUAAUUGAGAAAAUGCGCUCUAAUGAAAUUUUGGCGCGAAAUUUGAAAAUUCAAAUUUUCCCGGACCCAAAAAAUCUCAAAAUUUUCAAUUUUCCCAUCAAAUUUAACGAGAUUUUUUCCCGGGGACCAAUAAAACAAUCAAAAAAAUGAUUACAAAAUUUAUGAUAUAUAUAUUUCUUGACAUAUGCCGCGCCUUUUGUUUUCCGCCGCCGCUCAUUUUUUGUUCACAUAUUUUUAAUUGUUUCUUCUUCUUCUUCUCUCAAAAAAUGUGUGUGCACGGUGUUUCGAAAAAUCGAAAAGGAACAGGCGUUUUGGACACUUUUAUUAGCAAAAAAAAUGCCUGCCGCGAUUUUUUUUUAGUACAUUCAUUCACAUUUUUUAUUGGUUUUUGACAACUAAAGAUGAUUUGAGAGUUUCUGGGGAUCUAGAAAAAAUUGUGCCACUUUUUCUGGGUUACUGUAGCUCUCUAGGAUUACUGUAGAUUCACAAAAAAAUUGCAAGAAUUUUGGUCAAGAAAAACCUUCUGGAAAUAGAAUUUCAAAAAGUUUUGUGGAUCAAAAAAAUUGUGCCAUUUUUGGGGUACUGUAGCUUUACAGGAUACUGUAGCUUCUAUUUUCCAAAUGAUAUGCGGGUUACUGUAGCUCUCUAGGAUUACUGUAGAAUUUGAAAAUCCAAAUAUUUGGUUUAAAAAAACCACCUAGAAAAAGAGUUCCCCAAAAAUUUUGUGGAUCAAAUAAAAUUGUGCCACCUUUUCUGGGUUACUGUAGGCUACAGUAACCCAAAAUAUAUUCUAAAAAUAUUCGGGAAGAUUUGCAGAAGUACUGUAGAGCCUAGGAUUACUGUAGUGAAAAAAUCCAAAAAUUCCGAAAAAUUUUGGUGGAUCACUGUAGGCUACAGUACCCCAAAAAAAUCCAAAAAUAUCUAAGGAGCACUCUAGAUUACUAUAGAUUUUGAAAAUUCCAAAAAUUCUGAAGAUCAAAAAAAUUGUUACACAUUUUUUUUCUGGAAAAUUUUCGAGAGAAGAGUACUGUAGCUACUACAGUACCCUCAAAAACUGUUUCAAAAAUCGAUUUUUAUCUCAAAAAUCCCAUAAAAACCCAUUUUUUUGCCCAAAAAAUGCCGUUUGACAGCUGUUUUGCUUCAGCAAUUUUUUGAGACAUCUUCUCAUUUUUUUUCGAAAAAAAAAUGGCUUCUGCCAAAUUUCGACAGCUGUUUUUGCUUUAUGGGUGUUCCUCUUCUUGCAUUUUUUUAUCGCGAAAUGAAAUCCAAAUUGGACACAUUUUAUUUGAUUUAUUUUUUUUUUUGGCUUCGAAAUGUGAAAUUGAGAAGGAGAAAAAAUGACUGGGAAAUUGGCGAAAUUAUUAGCAUUUUUUGAGGGACUAACAUGAGCAAUGCCUAGAAAAAAGUGGAAAUUCAGAGGAUUUUUUAACAUGAGCAAUGCUUUAAAAGAGGUUUGAACAGUUACAGUAGGAGUCUAAUAUGAGCAAUGCUACAGUAUUCUGGAAAAUUGUCAAUUUCUUAAUAUGAGCAGCUAGAAAAAAGUGGAAUUUUAGAGGAUUUUUUAAUAUGAGCAAUGCUUUAAAAAAGGCUUGAAAUGUUACAGUAGGAGUUUAAUAUGAGCAAUGCUAGAAAAAAAGUGGAUUUUAAAGGAUUUUUUAAUAUGAGCAAUAACUACACUGUAGUUUAAAUUUAGGUUAAUAUGAGCAAUGCUGGAAUUUUGGAGGAUUUUCUUAACAUGAGCAAUGAUUCAAAAAAGGUUUGAGUUAAUAUGAGCAAUGCUAGAAUUUUAGAGAAUUUUCUUAAUAUGAGCAAUGCUUUAAAAAAUGUUUGAGUUUAAUAUGAGCAAUUCUAGAUUUUUACAAUUAGAGGAUUUUCUUAAUAUGAGCAAUGCUAGAAAAAUGAAAAUUUCAGAGAAUCCUAUAAUAUGAGCAAUAACUAGACUGUAGUUCAAAUUUAAGUCGAAAUAUAGGCUACCAAAAAUGCGCCAGCAAAAUCCCUUGACGCAAUUUUUGUAGCCCCUCUUGUUUGGACUCUUUCAAAUGCUCAGAAUCUCAAAAACCCGAAAAAGCUACAAAAAAUGCGCCAGCAAAACACUCCUUGACGCAUUUCUUGCAGAACGUCGUCCAAAUUGUCAACGUUGCGCUCAACACAACGUCGUCAAUCGUUUAAAGGGACACAAAAGGACGUGUCCAUUCAGAGACUGUUUUUGUGCCAAAUGUCAGGUGAGUACUGUAGAGCUCUGCGGGGUACUGUAGGGUCCUUUAAAAUUCCAAAAAAAUCAAUUUCAGGUCGUGGUUGAGCGCCAAAAAUUGAUGGCCGAUCAAAUCAAAUUGCGACGCCGUCAAAAACGCGAGAAAAACAAUUUGACCAGUGAAAAAGAGCAAAAUGUUCAGCCGCCAAAUUUGUCGCCGAGCCCGAAAAGUAGCAAUUGUGAGUGCACCGCAAAUGCGUCAGCAUUGAGUCUCAAAAUUUUUUAAUAGUAAAUUCGUGAUCUACAAGUCUAGAGCUUUCGAAUGACACCAAACAUGACUAUUUUUGGAGAUGCACCGCAAAUGCGCCAGCAAGGCUGCUUGUUGACGCAUUUUUUGUAGGUGCUGGAAUUAGGGCUUGUUGGGUGUUGUUUUGAAGCCCAGGGCUUGUAGAUGAAAAAUAUAUGAAGAAAAAUCAGUAAAAACAAAGGAACUACAAAAAACGCGUCAGCAAAGGUAUUUGCUGACGCGAAUUUUGUACCUCAAGAAAUAUAGUCAUGUUUGGGCUCUUUUUGAAGCUAAGAAGCUUCUGGUAUCUAAUUCACUACCUAAAACACGUCAAAACCACAUUUUCGGUGCCAAAAAGCAGGGUGCACCGCAAAUGCGUCAGCAUUGAGUUUCAACAAUUUUUCAUAGCAAAUUCGUGAUCUACAUGUCUAGGGCUUUCGAAUGACACCAAACAUGACUAUUUUUAGAGAUGCACCGCAAAUGCGCCAGCUAAGGGGUUUGCUGGCGCAUUUUUGGUAGCUUUCGAAAAUAGGCCGUGUGGGGUGUCAAACUGAAGCGUAGAAGCUCGAGAUUGCGAUGAAACUACAGAAAAAGCGUCAACACCUUUUACUGACGCAUUUUCGGUGCUGACGCAAAUUUUGUAGCUCACAAAAAUAUAUGAUAUUUGGGCUCAUUUUGAAGCUCCUGACCUCCAGAAUCCAAAUUUUCAGUCAAAAUUUUUUCAGCCGACUCUACAGUAUGCCUAAAAUGCACCCAACAAGCUAUUGGCUAUCAACAACUGCUCUCUUUGCUCGACCCGGCCGGCUCUCAACAAGCCGAUCCGAUUUUGACACUUUCAGCCAUACUUUCAGCAUGCCCCCAUAAAUCUGACUGA